UGACUCAAGUGAAACAGCGCUUAGAGGAACCCGCUGCAGCCCGCACAGCCUCAGCCUACAGAGACAGAGCGAGGCGACGGGCUCGUCUACAUCCGAGGAACAUUUUAACGUUACAUUCUCAGUUUUUUUUCAAACUUGACAGUAAAAGGAAAUCUGUCAGGGCGAAGUGAACUUAUUCUGAUGGUAGGAGUUCUGUACCUACAGGAAUAUGCUGAGGAAUACACACGUUUUUCUGACUCGUAAGAAGUGAGGAUUUUUUUUCACAGAACAUACUCUGGACCUCUUUUUUUAACCUUUGCAAACUUUUAUCUUUAUGUCUUUAUUGGGUGUGGACAUGGCUUGGAUAAAUUGGGGCCUUUUGCUUUCCUUUGGAAUCUUUCUCUUCCCGGUUUGUGUGUCAGCGGAGCUGCAGCAGAGCCAGAGCGGCUUCAGCAGGCUGUACGUACUGCAGCCCGGGCCGGGGCCCGGGACGGCCGGAGCGGACGGCGGGGUGCGAGUCAGUUCCAUCUCGACUCUUCAUGGCCCGUCGGGGCAGCCGCACACGUACAAUGUGGCGCUCACAGCCAACUUUGGCGGCCAGGUCCGGAGCCGCAGGAUGGGGAAGCAAGCGGCGUCAGCACCGCAGCAGCAACCGGUGGUCCGGCAGGAACAGAGCCAGAAGCAACUUCUGAAGCUGUCCGGGGUGAAUGUCUGUGGAGGGCAGUGCUGUCACGGCUGGAGUAAAGCUCAGGGAUCACAGCGGUGCACGAUGCCCAACUGCAUCCCUCAGUGCCAUAAUGGAGGAAUGUGCCUAAGGCCUCAGCACUGUGUCUGCAAACCUGGCUCAGAGGGGAAGGCAUGCGAACAGAAGACGGUACCCAGACACCCCUUUCCACCACGGCCUGGGAAUGGACCCACCAACGGGCACACCACUGGUCACACAAAUGGGCACACCACUGGUCAUACUAAUGGACACACUUCUGGUCACACCAAUGGACACAAUGUGGUACCGCACCGUCCCAUACCUCAGCAAGUCCCCCCUAAUGGUUAUGCCUCUGCUCCCUCUCCAGCCAGCCACAUGGGCCAGAUGAAACUAACUGUGAAGCCAGCCCCGCAGUUUGUGCGCCCACACUACAUACAACAACAUAUCCAACAGCAAAUUCGGCCCAUGCCCAUUCACCCUGGUCAGAGCCAGCAGUAUGUUAUAAAGCCCAAAUACUAUCACAGGCACACCACUCACACACAGACUCACAUCCAGACCCAACCCGAGAGGCCCAUCCCCCUAACAGUGGGACACAACCCCAUCCACGCAGGCAACCAUACGGGAAGGAUCAAGGUGGUCUUCACACCCACCGUCUGCAAACUGACCUGCAUAGGUGGCAGAUGUCACAACAACUGUGAGCGCGGAAACACCACCACCAUCAUCAGUGAGAACGGCCAUGCCACAGAUACCCUGACAGCACCCAACUUCAGAGUAGUGGUGUGUCACCUGCCCUGUAUAAAUGGAGGUAAGUGCAGCACCAGGGACAAGUGCCAGUGCCCUCCAAACUUCACCGGAAAGUUCUGCCAGAUGGCAGUUCAGAACGGACACCAGCAGACAUCAGGAGGCUACACCCAGACUCAGGUCCACUCCACACACACACUUCCUCUGACCUACAGCAACGGCCAAACACCCGGCAUCGUCAACAUCCAUAUCAAUCACCCUCCAGAGGCUUCAGUUCAGUUCCACCAGGUGUCUCACCUGGACAAUUACCACAACAAUGGACACCAAACAAAAGGCUCCUCUUCAUCCACAAGCUACAGCUACCACCACAGUGAGAGCAGCCAGAAGAGCCAGCACCUUGGCUACAACAUAGUCUAUCCAGGCCAGCACAGCUACCAGUUUCCUCAGUACCAGCCUGUCGUCUCUAAGAACACGCUGGGCCGCUGCUUCCAGGAGACAGGGGGCAGUCAGUGUGGAAAGGCUCUUCCUAUUCUGACUAAGCUUGAGCAGUGCUGUGGGACCAUCGGGACCUCGUGGGGGUUCCACAAAUGCCAGAAGUGUCCAAAGAAACCAUCUUUCCCUCUGAUAGAUUGUCCUCAGGGUUACAAGAGAGUCAACAGUUCUCACUGCCAAGAUCUGGAUGAGUGCCACCUGCAGGGUGUGUGUCCCAAUGGGAACUGUGUGAACACGCUGGGCAGCUACAGGUGUAUGUGCAAACCUGGUUAUGUCCCUGACCCAACGUUCACCACGUGCAUACCCGAAACACCUGCCGUCCAAGAGGAGAAGGGGGCUUGCUACCGUUUGGUCAGCUCAGGGAGGCAAUGUUUGCACCCAGUGUCUGCCCAGCUGAGUAAACAGCUCUGCUGCUGCAGUGUGGGCAAAGCCUGGGGCCCUCGUUGUGACAAAUGCCCCCCUCCAGGAACAGCUAAAUUCAAAGAAAUCUGUCCUGGUGGGAUGGGCUACACUGUUCUACCAAAUCCUCCUGUCAAUAAGCCAGUUUACCAGGAGCCCAUCGACCCAUUACCACCCCAACCCCUACCGACGCCAGAGAGACCAGUGGAGGCUUUUGGAACACCAGAAGAGAUUAUACCAGUAGUAACCAGUGCACCAGAACAGGAGCUGGUAGUUCCUGUGGAUAGCUUUAGUCCAGUAGUUGAACCUAUCCAGCCCCAGCUGUCUCCAGGUGUUUCCACCAUCAAAAUGGAGGCUACUUACCCAGAAGUUGUCGAGAAGGCUUCUCCUCCUGCACCAGUGGAGAUUCUUCCAACUAAUGCAGGCCAGGACAUCGCACCUACCCAGUCAGCUGAGGUAGAUGAGUGCCAGAUCAACCCUUAUAUUUGUGGCCACGGGAUUUGUUACAACACAGCUGAGAGCUACAUCUGCCACUGUGAAGAAGGAUACCACCUGGAUGAUGCCCAAACCACCUGUGUAGAUAUCGAUGAAUGUGAAAACAGGCUAGUGUGUCCUUCUGGAAUCUGCUUCAAUGAGCCGGGGGGUUACACCUGUGGCUCCUGUCCUCAAGGCUUCUUAGGCCAGGGAGGCGAGUGUGUAGAUAUAGAUGAGUGCCAGGAUCAGAGAGUCUGUGUCAGAGGCCACUGCCAGAAUACCGAAGGCUCCUUUAUCUGUGUGUGUGGACCAGGCUUCAGAGUGUCGCCAGCUAGAGACCAGUGUGAUGAUGUGAAUGAGUGUAUAGAGGAGGCCAGACCAUGUAAGGAAGUGGGCGAGUGCGUCAACAACCUGGGCUCCUACACCUGUACCUGCCCACAGGGGUACCGCCAGAUCAAUGGCACCAGCUGCAGAGAUGUUGAUGAGUGUGCAGAUGAUGCAGAGCUCUGUUCCCCUCAUGGCAAGUGUCUCAACACAGAAGGCUCCUAUCUGUGUGUGUGCGACAGUGGAUUCACUGCUAGCCUCGACACACCGUCCUGUGACGAUAUUGAUGAGUGUGGGCUCAAUGAGACAAUAUGUGGCCCCCACGGCUUCUGUGAGAACAGGCUGGGUUCUUUCCGAUGCCUCUGUGACCAGGGCUACCAGGAGUCAUGGGACGGCCACGGCUGUGUGGAUGUGAAUGAGUGUGAGCUGCUGAGCAGUGUGUGUGGAGAGGCCCAGUGUAUAAACAAGGAUGGGACAUUCCAGUGUGUGUGUCCUAGUGGCCAGGAAUACAACGUCAUGAUCGCCAAGUGUGAGCCCGUUCCCACAGCCUCGGCAGUGGAGCAGAAAGAGUGCUACUAUCGUCUGAAUGAUGAGAACCUGUGCGAGAGUGUGCUCACCAGUCACGUUACACUGCAGGAGUGCUGCUGCACACUGGGAGCUGGCUGGGGGGACAACUGCGAGGUGCACCCCUGUCCUGUGAAUGGCACAGACCAGUUUAAACAGAUGUGUCCAUCUGGAAGAGGUUUUAUUCCCAGUGGAGACUUGCUGUAUGGAGUGCCCACUGUCAUCUACAAGGAUGCAGAUGAAUGUACACUGUUUGGUCAGGAAGUGUGUAAAGGAGGCUUCUGUCUAGAUACUGAGGGCAGCUAUGAGUGUUACUGUAAGACUGGGCAGGACUACGACCCAAUCAAACUGGAGUGCAGAGACAUCAAUGAGUGUCAGGAUGAGUCGUUGUGUGUCCAUGGACAGUGUUUCAACACAGAUGGCUCAUACAUGUGUUUCUGUACAAGUCCCAUGGUUUUGGACCACACUGGUAACCGCUGCGUCUUACCUCCUGAGGUGGCUGAGCAACAUGAGACAGCUAUGUUCUAUGAGGGUAUCUGCUGGCAAGCGGUCACUGACAUGACGUGCACCCAACCACUUGGUCCCGACAAGAAGACCACGUACACUGAGUGCUGCUGUCUGCACGGAUAUGCCUGGGGCAUGCAAUGUGCCCUGUGUCCUCACAGAGACACAGAGGACUACGCAUCCAUGUGUAACCUUCCUCUGAGUGGUGGGCAGAGGCCGUACGGUCGUGACGCUCUUGUUGCCGGUCCAGUUCAUGAAUAUGAAGUGAGCCCAGACUAUUCUCCAUCACCCGAGGAGCUUCCCUACUAUGGCAGUGAAGAGCAUAUAUACAGAGCGUUUGAGGGUUUGCAAGCAGAGGAGUGCGGGAUACUGAACGGCUGUGAGAACGGUCAGUGUGUCCGGGAUCAGGAGGGUUACACGUGUAACUGCUUUGAUGGAUAUACGCUGGACCUCUCCCGCAUGGCCUGCAUUGAUGUUAACGAGUGUUCAGAACUAAACAACCGGAUGUCGCUGUGUAAAAACUCCAGGUGCAUCAAUACAGCGGGCUCAUAUCGGUGUGUGUGUCUUCCAGGCUUUAAGGCCUCUGACAAACCCAACUACUGUGUGAAGGCAGAAAAACAGCAGACCUCCACACACACACAGUGAGCACGGACUGACCAGGAGGCGACAAGAGACACCAAAACCACAUGCAUAAUCUUGUAUUACUAUACUUGUGAGGACGUCCUCAGACCACAUUCACUCACUGCCAAAUAAUCAGCAGCAACCUUAAUUUGAACUACUGGCUUUGGUUGUAGCAUCCAGCAACACUCCCAAAUGACAAAACUUGAGAAAGUUGAUUAGUGUACCUCUUAAAAAAUAUUUGCUUCUUUUCUAAAUUUCUGGCCUCUCAAGAGCACUAUAGUCAAAAGAAGACUGAUAUUUCCAUCUGCAGUAAUUUAUUAUUUAUGUGGCAGCAU